GUUUCGACAAGCAACGCCUGGCGAUAUCGAAGUCCGAUAGGCCUAAACUAUUUUCGUGAUAUUUUCCCCCAUUAGCCCUAAAAUUAAUAACCAUAAAUGCCAAUUUGCCACGAACGUAUGCGAAAUGACGUGCCUUGCCUGAGCUGCUUACAUAACGAUGCACUAGCCGCGCAAUAGACGGCCCACACACAUCGAUCACCCGGGAUUAGCGAGGCUUACGACUUGGACUCCAUGGCGACAGUGACGGAGGGCAGCAAAAUGCUCGAGGCGGCGCUCCAGCAGAUGGACGGCCUCAUCUCCAGCACGGCCACCCAGGCGGGAGCGGGAUCGGUAGCUGGGGCAGGGGCUUCCCUGACCCUCAGCGAGCGCAACUUGAUUUCGGCCACCAAUGUGCUGUCCACAGCAAAAACUUUGGCUCUUGCCCUGCAACAGGUCGGCCUGGCUGCUCCAGCCCCGGAUCCUGUGACGGCGGCCAUCAUCAGCGACUGGCUGGAGACGCACAUACCGCGCCAGGACUCCGACGAGCGGAUGCGUCGCCUGCAGCGCGACAAGGAGGGCCUGGCCCUGCAGUAUCAAAUGCUGGCCGAGCGCGUCUCGGAGCAGGCCGACAAGAUCAUCGAGCUGGAGGGCCUGAUAACCGAAAAGAGCCAGCAGUUGUGCAACAAGGAGGAGCAGCUGCAGCGCCAGAUGAUUUCGCGCUCGGCUUUGGAGACACAGAAGCUGGAGCUGAUGAGUGCCUUAAGUGAGCUGAAGCUGCAUCGCACUGCCCUGGAGCAGGCCAACGAUGGAGGUGGUGGCAUUACCGCCACUAUUCCAUAUGGCAGUCUGAGCAAUAUCAACCAGAAGGCCUUCAUGGGUUCUCCCAAGACGCCGCCCUCGGCGCUGCGCCACCAAAUCAAGCCGCAGUUCCACAGCCUGCCCCGGUCGCAUGGCAAGUUGGCCAACAACAAUAACAACCGUGCCUUGGACGUGAAUGCCAACAGCAGCGGCAAACAGCGGAACGUGGCCUUUGCCUCGAACGAACAAAUCUUGAUCGAGGACAAUCCUCACCAGGCAGAGGAUGUCAUGACCUCCAGCUUCAUGUCGCAGUUCACGCCCUCGCCAAAGCUGAGGGAACGAUCUGCCCGCGGCUUGCGCAACAUACUCGGCAAGUUGCGGCGCAGCAAUAGCAGCAACUGCGAACUGACCGCCUUGGAGCAGGCCGAGCCGCAGUUUCGACGCGGAGGAUCCAGAUCGACCGCCGGUGGACGCAUAGAGUGGAGUGCCCAGACGCCGCUGUUUGGAGAAAACGAAAAGCACUGGACCACUUGGGGAGUUCAGGAGGUGUGCAACUGGCUGGCCUACAUGGGCCUGGGAUGCUACGAAGAUAAUUGCCGAAAAUGGCUGAAGGCUAGUCCCUCUGUGUCAAUCUUCACCGCCUCGCCAGUUGAUAUCGAACGAGAGCUCAAUCUAAAGCUGCCGCUUCACCGCAAGAAGAUUAUGCUGGCCAUCGAUGAGCUAACUGGAAAGGAAUUCGACGAUCUUACUUUAAAAGCAUCCAGCUUGGAUGUGGCCUGGGUUCUGCGCUGGUUGGAUGACAUUGGUCUGCCCCAAUACAAGGACUACUUUAUGCUGGCCAAGGUCGACGGUCGAAUGCUGCACCGCCUAACGCUUGAGGAUCUGUCCCAGCUGCAUGUCAGCUCCUGCCUGCACAUAGCCUCGCUGCGGGCGGGCAUCUUGUGCAUGCGCCGCAUGUCCUGGAACGCAGAAGGACUGAUAAGGCGCUCCAUCAAGGUGGUCAGCGAGGAUGAGGGUGCAGCCAGUCCGGACAAGGAGAACGUGGAGCUCUGGACAGCCCAUCGCAUAAUGGGCUGGUUGCAGACCAUCGACCUGUCCGAGUACACGCCCAAUCUGCGUGGUGCUGGUGUCCACGGGGCUCUGAUGCUGUACGAGUCGCGAUUCAAUGCGGAUUUGCUGGCCGACCUGCUGUCGAUACCGCCAAGCAAGUCCCUGUUGCGCCGCCAUUUGGCCAUGCACUUCAAGGAGCUGGUGGGUCGGCCGGUGAUCCUGAGCAAGCGAGAUGCCGAAUCGGCACCCGGCUACCAGCCGCUGAACAUCACUGCAAAGUUGAAGCCGGUGAAACGCACGCAGUUCUCGCUGAAGCGCCGCAAGAGCUCCAAGGGCCAGAGCGACGUAGACUGGACGGAGUACGUAUGCCCCAUGAAUGCCAGGGUGCCGGAGUACUCUCUGGUGUUGACGGCCAAGGAACAUGAGAGCUCAAUGAGUUCGAAUUGAUGACGAAGUCGAAGGACGCACAAAUCGAUUGCAAGCAAAAGGAAACGUGUUUUUUAGUUGUAAGCCCAAGCCUGGCCCAGGAUACCCAAAUGAAUGAACUGCCACCUGAACUAAUCAAGCAACCAAAUCCCCAAAUCGAACGACAAUAUUAGUGAGAAUUUAUCUGAGCACGGGCUCGCCCCAUCUUCCAAACAUCUUUCGAUCGAAUUCGAGUCAAAAUUCAAUCGUCUACCUAAGCAUACCAGCAAACAUUUUGGAAAUUUUUUAUAUAUUAACUGUAACUAACAUUUAGGAUAAUCUGGAACCGGGAUGCAAUGACAUCUUCUAUAUAAGCAUAACGAUGAUAACGAGAAGUAUUCGCAAUGGCAUUGAAACGACCUUGAGAGCGAGCAUAACCCUAAAAGACUUAUCGCCCAUUUUGGAGUUUAUCUUUUGUACUAACACGUUACUGUAUUGACGUAUAUUUUGUAAAAUACAAACUACGAUGCCUUUUUACCAUAGA